ACAAACGUUGAAACGGUGAUCGUUAGAAAAUCUUUGGAAAUACACAGCAAUUGCUUUCGAAACAGAACCACACAUAAGCUUUGGACAAUUGGCUUUGUUGACACACUGAAAGGCGGUAGAUGAAAAUUGUUUAUUGGUGUGAGAAGCAUGAUGUGUUUUUGUGAUUGAAGGAAUCUGAUGAAAGACAUGGACGAUUUUGUAGUAGUUCAAGUGGAAGAAAUAUUACACUCCAGAUGUUGUUAUCGUCUGGUCUGCUUGAGCCUGGUGAGGGCACUAUGGCCAUUGAAUACCUGGGACAGCGUUUCGUAGGAGAUCUCCUGCCUGAUGGUAAAAUUAAAUCCCAAGAAACUGAUAUAAUCUUUGCUUCUCCAAGUGCAUGGGCAAUCCAUUGUAAACGAAUUAUCAAUCCAGAUAAAAAAUCUGGUUGUGGUUGGGCAUCGGUUAAAUACAAAGGAAGAAAGUUGGAUGUCUAUAAAAACGCUUGGUUCAGGAAGAAAAAGGAAGAAGAACAGGAUAAAGAAAACAGAGAUACAGAUGACGAUGAAAUGGAGAAGGAAAAGCUCGUGUCAGUGCAGCGGAUUGUGAAACAUAAUGUGUUAGGAAUUCGUUCCAUCAAUCAUGAUCCAAACACGUUGGUUGAGAGCACAGCAUUUUCAAGCCUGGGGAAAAUUCAACCAUUUCUGGUUUCCAUGUCUACUAAUGCUGUUCUUGUUAUGGACUUUCAUUGUCAUUUAACUACCUCAGAAGUUGUGGGAUAUUUAGGAGGUCAUUGGGAUGUGAACGCACAUAAUCUCGCAAUCACACAUGCGUUCCCCUGCAAAUGUCGCUUGGGAGACAGGGAAAUGGCACCACUUGUUGAAGCAGAUAUUUACCGUGCAAUGGAACAACGCCACCUUACGCUUGUGGGAUGGUAUCAUUCCCAUCCCUUCACAGCAGCCACACCAACACUACGGGAUAUAGAUGCUCAGUUGGAGUAUGAAAUAAAGAUGAAAGGAAACAGUGAUGCUAGUUACACACCAUGUGUUGGUGUCAUCUGCUCUCCAUACAAUAAAGACAACCAGUCUCUAGAGUCUGCUAUUGUGAGCUAUUGGGUGAUGCCUCCUCCAGAGAGCAAACCUCAUGAUUAUGGGAAGCCAAUGCUUAUGAGUUACAGUGUUGUGCAGGACCAGUUUCUCUCCCAAGAUGCACUUAAUGAAAUGAAACGCUGUGUUGACUUCUAUAGAAAUGAAAGUGACUUUAUAAAUUUCUCGGAAAGUUACAGAGGAAACAUUAGCUACCUUGAUAAGCUCAAGACAACAUUAUCAUCAAAAUUCCCACGUGAUCAAAGUGAUGGCAUCCUUUGGAGUUUCAUUUGUGACCUUGUGUGCCCUGGGGGAGGAGGAGCUACAGAAAAUGGUCUUAGUUUUCUGAAUAAAUUAUUUGGCAGCCCAGAAAUUCAAAAUAGUAGUCCUGUCCCCUUGGAUAAAGUGAACCUCCUAGUUCCCAGCAUUCCAAUGGCAUCCUCGGCUAAAUCAUCACCUGUUAAUUUGGCAGGUGGGAAUAUGAUGAUGAGUGCGGACAUUGCUGCUGCAUUAUUUGGAAGCGGAAAGUUUCCAUCGCCUACAUCUCUCAUGGGUUUAUCUGCAGAAGCUAGUAGGUCUUUAAUUGGAUCAAGUGGUAUUAGCAACAUGUUUAUGCCACCUUUGGGUUUUAAAAUGGAUAAUAUUAGUUUAUUGAAACCUCUUACAAACACAGUUUCUAAUCCAGUGGCAAGUACUUCAAAAGCUUCCAGUCCUGUAGCUUCCAGUCCUGUUUCAGAUACUAGAAGUGCAUCACCAGCAAAGACACCACAGACUGAACCUGUAAAUCUGACAGCUGCAGAAAGUACUGAAAAAAAUUCUACAAUGAUAAACAUGGAAACAACAUGAAACUCCAUGUUUUAAUUUUAAUGUUGUAGUUAUUAUAGUAUUUUAAAACUGUAAUUUAUAUUUAACAUUUUCUAAGCAGUUCACUUUCCUGAGUGACAAUUUUCUAUUUUGUUGAUGUGUGAUGAGGGAUAUAGAAUAUGGACCAUUUUGGAAUAGUGCCAGUAAUGUCUGUGCAUUAUGUACAGGCGGGAUAAUAUGACUGGAAACAUUUGUUUGAUUUUUGUAUUAUUGGAAUACACUUACUUUCAUUGAAGCAACAGAAAUUUCUGUGCAAACAUUUCUGGUUAAGGAGUUCUUCAUGUCUCAGAAUCUCCUUUAUGGGAUUGUGUGGAUAAACUGUGUUUAUUUUAGAAUUACUGGUAGGAGUCAGCCAGCAAAAAUGACCACCUGAGUAUUACAGAUAUGUUAAAACAGGGCUGAGAAUUGAGCACAGUCCCUUGUGCUUUACAGGCAGUGCUCUUUCUUGUGGAAUCAAAGCACUUGACACACAACAUCUCAGUAAGUCAGUAUGAUACUGUGUCUCUCCUUUCUCACCAUGUCCGUAUUGUCCUCGUUUCCUUUUACUGCCAUUGACAACGAGAAACAUUUUACUGCAACAAAUGUACAGUGAUAUUUUUAUUAUACAGUGCCUUUUAAGUUCAUGUUGUGUAAUACAUAUGUGAUAAAACUGAAUGGCUGAUGUAAGUUUUGAAAGGCAUUAUGAGGGAAAAAUAUGAAUUUACUUAUGUAGGUUAUGUAAUAGUGACAUUAAUGUCAUGGGGUUCUUAAAAAUUUUGUCUUCAUUGUUGUAAAUAAAAAAUUCUUUGCUCUGAAUAGGAUAUUGAAACUGGUGAUGUAAUAUUUAUAGUGGGUCAGUAUUGGUAAGUGUCUUAUUUUGAUUUUCUGAGCUGUAAAAUCAUAUGUACUCUCUGAUGCAUUUGAUGAUUUACCAGUAACAAAGUGAUGGACAGUACAGGAUGAAUCUAUCCCAGCUAGGUGGAAAAGUUGCUGUUAUAGAUCUUCUGGCUCUGUACACUAAAUUGUGCAUGGCUUAAUUUUACCUGAGCUUUUUUAGAAAAGUUGAGUGUGUCCUGAGAUGCUACAAGUGUUAUUGUGUAAAGUUAAUGCUGAUCCCUUUGAGUAGAUAUGAUGUUGCUAUAAUUUUUGAAACAUUGGACCUGGCUUUAUACUUUUUGGUGUAUGUUGUUUUUCAGGCGUUGGAAAAUCUAGGAUGGAAUGUAACAAUAUUAUUUUUUCAUAAUUUUCAUAAUAUUGUUAUCUCAGACAUCGUCUCAUCUCUGUACUUAGCAGCAGACUUGUUCUGCUAUAUUCUAGAAACAGUGGAAAUAUCCAUUGUAACUGAAGUAAUCUCCUACUUCUUAACAACAUUGUACCAUUUUAGACUUGUAUUAUUUAGUCUCGUACUAUUAAACACAAUUUUUCCUGCCUGUGAUCAAAACCUUAAAUUAGUUGCUUUGUGAAUUUACAUAAUGUAGUCUUCUGCUCUUUUCCUUUGCUUUAUGCUACUUAUACCUCACAUAAUUAGUUCUGACAAUAGUAAGAAAACUUAAAGUAAUAUAUCCUCCAAUAUUAAGCACUUGUAAAGGUGUGGGAUGAGUAUAAGACAUCUUGAAGUGUGGGAAGUUUAGCACAUCACUUAAAAUAUGCCAACAUUACUUGGAAAACUGUGAAUGAAUAAAAAGAUGCACAUCCAAAAUAUUAAAAAUCAUACAGUUACUGAGACACAUAGAUAACAGCAAUUGACAAGUCUGUUGUAAAUAGACCUGGAUAAAUUAGUGCAAGGUAGCAAAGAAAAUUAAAUGAUAAUUCAACAUAUUACAGAAAUAAGUUUCAUUUACAUAACAGGCCCAUUUGUGGGAUACCAUUGGUUAAGGUAUAGGUUGCAUUACUAAAAUCACAAAUUUAACAGUUUCUUUAAAUAAAAUUUUAUCAGGGAUAUAUUAACUAUUACAGAAAAAAUCCUUUUAUAUGUUAAACGGGAGAGGGAGGGGGCACCUAUAGGGAACACAAUCAUUCUUUAUAUCCCCCUUUAGCAUGAAUAACAGCCUCCACACUGAAGAAAUGUGGGGCAUCUCAUAAGUCUUGCUAGACACAACUCUUAAGCAUGUGAAGAAUGGCAGGACAUUUUGUUCUGGCAACAGUUAGGAUGUUCUCCGAGUGACGUGAAAGCCAGUGGUCAUUUCUCCUGUUGAUUUUUGCAUCUACCAUGAAAUCUUCUUGGAAAAGAGUCUGAUUUGCUCCACUUCAUUAAUUUCCAAUGAACACAGAAGGAAACUGCAGCCCCAUCAGUCUUGAAAAACACGUCUUUACUUUCAGUGUUUGGGGUUUAUUUUGAAUGUCCUCAUUGACAAUUCUACUUGUUGUUGGUCCAUUUACACCAUUAACGAUUGCCAGUGAUCACAAUAAAUGCCUGGGAUUCUCUAAAAUCUGCAUUUGACCUGUUUCAAAAACUGCCAGAGUUCUCACAGUGUAGACUUUCAAAUGGCGCUCCCUUGCCGGUACACAGAAAUAUUUGUUUAAGUGAUGGCGAGGCAGAUAUUUUGUAGCAAUAUUGUGAAUGGUGUCUUUCCAUUAAUUAUACCUGCGGCUGAGAGACCAAUUUAAAGGCCUUUGGCAAUCGAGCUUGCCCCCCCUCCCCCUUUUUUUUAUUUUUUUUAAGGAGAAAAGAAAAGAGAUUAUUACUGGUUACUAAAACCAGUUGGUGACCUCUGGUGGAAGCAGGGUAGGAUGUUUAAAUUUGUCCAAAUUUUGGUCAUGCACCCUGCAGAAGUCAGAAAUGUGAGUUCAAGGAUUACGUGCUAGAAGCUAAAACAUAUAACAAUAACUGUGGCAACAUCAUCUGAGGAAUAAGCUGUAACACAAAUAAUAGCUUGAAAAAAUGAAAGUUGGUGUACAACAGUAUUAAUGUGAAAUAAUGACAGUGUUGUCCUAAGUUAGCAUUGCCUGUAUGGGUGCAUCCUUUUUCAGCAGACACCACUCGGAUCUUUGUAUGUAUGAGGAAGAAACACAAUGGAGUAUAAGUACAAUUACAUGAGCAGUAUUAGAAAGAAGGAAAUUUUGGAGCUCGAAAAGGCUGUUACACACAUUAUUUUUGCCACUUUAGUUGAAGAUUAACAUUUACUUUCUCUCAAAAGCAAUUGUUUUGUUUUUAAAUCUAUAACAUAUCCAUAUGCUUAUGUGAAUGCAUGAAAUAUUUGUUUGAAUAGAUUUCUUUAUAAUGUAAGUGGCAGCAGAAAGUUUUUCCUUUCAUGUGCCAAAAAUAGCUGAUUAGUGGUGACAGUGAGCAUUUUGAUUUUUUUCCCUCCUUCCACUUGCACAUGUCAGCUUACUGGAUGUUUUAGGUAGCUGAACUAUGAUGCCCACACCUAGUUAUCACACUACAAAUGUAAAACUAACAAAAGUAGAGACUGAACAAGAUGAUUUCAGGAGUCGAGUUACUGGACUGAGGAGUGUGGUUUAAAUCGCUGCAUUCCAUCAUGACCUCAAUGUUCAGAUAAUAAGUUGGUGAAUUUCAACUGUCCUGUAGUAUGUGAGAAUUUGUCAAUUUCCAGUUGAACAUUAAAAUUGUUUUCUAGGUAUCGUUCUUGUAUAGGUGUUUUCUCUUGUCAGAGUGAAAAUUGUGUGAACUGUCUCAUUUAAGUUGCUACAAGUAAACAACAGGCUGGGGAUGGCUAUACAAUAUGAUAUAUGAACCCGUUGCUUUCUUGAUAUGGCUUACAAAAAUUCUCUUUUGCCCAUCUUGCUUUCUCUGGCUGGUUCAUUCCAUUGCUGCAGAACAAAACUAAUUCUUCCUUUUAUUCUGUAUGUCAGUGUCUGUCUGUUCAUUGUAUUAGGGAAGUUGUGAAGAAAAGUGACUAAGGAUAAUCAUAUUUGAAAACGGAAGUAAACAAAUAUUUUUCUUGUAAGUGACACUUUAUUGUGUUGAAUGAUAUCCAGCAAAUAAAUGGGUUUCUUUUGCUUUGAGUUUUUCUCUUUUUUUCUACAGACUAUCACUGGUAGAAAUGCAAGUUACUCAGUAAUUCACAUGCAGUAUCAAAAGUAUUUAUCAUGAUCACCUUUCCUUGGGAGACUUAAGUAGUUAUCAGAUUGUUGGUCCACUGAUAUAGUUUUUUAUUGUGGCUGUGUGAGCUUUUAUAAAUUUCUUCAUUGUUCUAUAAUAUGAUGGUUCUGGGGAUUGUGAGCAAAAGGAUUGUCAGCGUAUCAUCUGUUCAAAACAAUUAUUGAGGUUUAAGAAUUAAUUUGAAUGUAAAAUUUGCCACAGAACUGUUUAUUUACCAUUUAUGUUGAAAAAUGGCAGAAACUGUUAAAAUAAAUAUGCAUUUCUCAGGUUUGUGUGGAUGAUUUUACGGAACUUCAAAAUUUUUACAGACCGUACUACAUCCAUGCUGUGGUACUUCACACACUGAAUGAGGAUCAGUUAAUUUAACUCUCAUCACUCUCACCGUAGUCAGAACAUUAUUUAGAUUUUUGAGCCUAUUUAAUAAACCCACAUAUCUUAUCUCUGGAUCUUCAGCCAAUGUUUAUUAACAAUUUUUCUGACAUUAUGUCAUCAUGAGUGGGUGGAAUUGUUUGAAGUUCACCCUCCGUUUGUGGUGGCUGACAAGAGUUGAACCCUCUUCCGUAGAUUUAUGUGCCUGUUGUGAAAAUGUGUGAGGGCUCAUCUCUGGUGAUUACUGAUGUGGCCAGAAAAAUUGUUGAAAUAACAUUGGUCAGAAUUUUGAGACAGAAGCCAAGAGGCAUCAAUAAGUGACCAUGAAAGCCUCAACAGUUUUGUACAAAUCAGCUGUUAAGAUAUUUUUCUAAGUAAGCACACCUGAUUAAAUCUCAUAUGAUCAUGAUGUCUUAUUUCUUCAGUAUCUUAAUGGAGGAGUUAGCAUAUAAUCUUCUGACGGUCAACAUGUUUUUGUCUGGUUACGUUUAUGAUACUGUUUGGUAUUUGCUUGUGUGCUACCUUAUAAGGGGCUGUUUGCAUAUAAUUUUGAAAAUGUAAUUGUUUUAAUACCUACAUAAAAUAUUUUGCUAUUUUUUCAUCUUUCCUUCUCAAUUUUUCUUAAUGACCCACUGUGUUACCAUUUUUAAAAAAUCUGGGAAGCAAGUGUGUCUGUAAUAAUAUUUGUUAUGAUCAGUUCAUUGAAAGUUUUUGCCAUGUAAAAUGUCAGGUGCUGUUAGCAUACUGUAUCAAAUAUUUCACAGCUGCUGUUAUUUUGUCAUUAUACUUUACUGCAAUACUGUCCUGAAAGUUUGCUUUGUCUUCAACAUAAUUGGCAGGGCAAACGUGAAGUAAUUAUGAAACAAAAUACUUGACAUUGUAUUGGUUUCAAGAGAAAAUUCCUGUUGUGUGUGCUUGUCAAUUCAAUUAGAAAUGCAAGAUCUCAUAUCCACUGAGAAUCCUCAAACUCUUUUACCACCUCCUCACCUUUAUAUUUUUAUUUUUUUUUAAUGUCCGUGAAUAGUGUUAUGUCUUCACAGUAAAAACUGACAUACAUGCUUGAAAUGACAAAGCGUUUUAUUGAAACAAAAGAAUGUGCACAAAAUGACCAACAGGGUGCUUCAUAUGUUACAAAAGCAGUAAUUAACAUAACAGUUGGUUUUUAGCAAAUAUAGUAUUCAUUAUAACAAAUGAUCGACAUGUUGGUUGUCUUCAUCAGCAAUACCUGUAUUUGAGGGACAAUGUUGUGAACAACACUGCACAUCCUAUCUUUAGGUAGGUUAGAAAUUUCUGUUAGAUCUUGUCUUUUAGCGUCCCUAAUGAGGUCAGGUGAUCACGAUAGCCUUGCGACUUCCAGUUAACUAAUCACACAGGCUGAAGUCUGGGAACCUGGAACUGGUGGUUCAUCAUGCAAUCUUCAUCAAAUUGUGUGCCCAAGAAAUCUUUCAGGUGUGUAGCAAUGUGGGUUGGUGUGCCAUAUUGCAUGGAAGUCGUGCCUUCCAGCAGGUAUUUAUCAGCCAGGCUAGGGAUGGUGCAAUUUCAUAACGUAUUGGUGUACCUUGCACCUGUCAUGCUGAUAGUUUGAAAAGUAGCACCCUGCAUUUCCAUGAAGGAAAAGGGUCCAAUCACAAUUGAUGUAAGUCCACCCCACACGGCAACUUUCUCAUCAUCCUGUGGGGUUUCCACAACGGUUCUAGGAAUUUUGGUUGCCCAAAUUAUGCAGUUAUGGGUGUUUUUGUGCAGCAUCACUGAUGUUUUGAUGUCCAGUGCCAUCUGUUCGGCGGGUUUUGCCCUCAUGUUUGGCUUCAAUAAAACCCCAUGUUAUUUCUGGCAUGUGUGUCAGAUGAAUUUUAAAAUGUCAAUGUACUUUUGGGUUACCCAGUAGAUUGAAAAGUAACACCUCAACUGAGCCAGCAUACUUCAGAAAAAAUAAGGAACCUUGUCAUAUUCACAGUCAAAAUCUUCCAGGACAGGUGAAAACUGCUGAUGAUGCCCCCAACUGUGGGUUCCGAGUAUAUUUUAUGGUUUACUUCUAUACAUUUUGUUAGCUCAUUAACAUGAUGUAGAAUGCAGUGUAUUGCUGGUAUUUCCUGCUGUAUACUGAUUUAUUUCAACUUCUUUCAAAAGUGACAGCACCAAACUUGUGACAAAUCAUUGCAGCAGCUCCAUCCGUUACAGUUGAUGAAAAUUUUUACCUAUAAAUCUCAUGCUUAUUGAUUAUGUUUUCUAAGCAAGAAAAUUGUCAUUAGCUGUCAUUAUGUCUUGCAUUGGAACCAAAUGAGCAAAUUCUCCUUCACAUUGAAUUCAGCAUCAUCAUCAUCACUAAUUUUGCCCCAAAUUAAAAAAAAAACUCAUUAUUCUUUUCUUUCAGCUACACUUCCACAUUAUUCACCAAUUAUUCAGUAUGUCAGCAAGUCACGUCCUUUUGAAGAGGAAGUUUUUUGGAAAGGGGAACUUCCACCAGGAAUAAAAUUAUUGUGGCAGUUACAAAGCAUUGCUUCACAGAUGCAAGGAUACAUUACUUUCACUAUCUUGAGAGCUACGUGAUAACUCAGUUUUGUUGCUGCACUAUUGUGCACUACAUGAUUUUCUUCCUUGUAGUACGUCACCGGGAAGAGUUAGAAGUCCAGGAAAGACACACAUGAUGUGUAAUCAGUAAUAGUAAUAAUUUUAAAAAUUAUUCUUACCUCUUUCUCUCUGUUCUGUCUUAUCCGAGAAGUUUGGCUUUCCUUUUUGUACUAUUCAAAUUGAUGACAAUGUUCUCAUGAAACAGCUGGAAAUGUCAUUUUACAGUAAUUAUACUUAUUCAACACCUAUAAUUUGAUAUAAAAUUGAGUGUCGAUUUGUUUAUCAAUAAAAAAAGUAAUUUUCUUCCUAAUGUGAGUUGAAGCAUAAGGAUUCAUUAAGAUUUUCAGUUUGAGCAUCUUAACUGCAGCCAUUUUCUUCUCACUAAUUUUCUCUUGUUACUACAAAUAAGACCUCAGCAUAGACAAUUAUGUCACAAAAAGUCAGUAAGUAAUGUUGCCGUGUGUGUGUUGGUUUGAAAAGAUAGUUGCAAGAAUGGAUAGGAAGCUAGGGAGGCUUGUGGCUGGCAAAAUAGUGGAGGGAGGUACAGGGAAGAACUAAGAGUUACUCGUGCCCACAGAGUCACUUUUGUCCAUCCCUGGUGUAGAUGAUGAAAUACUUGUGUCUCGCUUGUGAUCACGAAAUUGUGAUGCAGGUUGCAAUCAAAUACCUCACCUUUGUUUGCUCUGUGUGUGAUGUUUGUGUGCAGAAGCUGAAUUUUAUUGGAAGACCUUAUUCUCUCAUUCUAUAAGGAUUCUCUAUAACAUGAAAAAAAGUACAGAAGAAAAGCAAUAAACAAUUAUUGUCACUGUCUGCUGGAAAGAGAGAGAGAGAGAGAGAGAGAGAGAGAGAGAGAGAAUGUAUGUGUGUGUGCUGUUGGGUUAUUCUGAUAGAAGUGAAAAAAUUUUGUAUAGCACAUAAUUAUAUAACUGUAUAUGAGGAUAGAUUGCUACUCACCAGAGAGAAGAGACUGCAGACUGGCACAUAGGAUAGGACGACCAAGUCAAAUGAAGGUAUUUGUAACAGAAAGAAAGAUGCUAUUUUACUUCACUUAAAUUUCUGAAUUGAUAAGGAGAAUUAGCUUUAUUUGUGUCUUGAAUAUGACUCAUUAAGUAUCAGUGGUGGCCAGCAGAUCUUUCAUAAUUAUUGGUUUUGUUACACUGCCUUUAUUUUGUUUGUAGUAGCAUAUUUCACCGAACUUUAGCCAGAUAGAAAAUUAAAAAAAAAAAAAUGCUACUUGAAUUAGUAUUGUCUGGUGGUUUUUCACAUCACCAUUUACUAAAUUUAUGAUAAAACAUUUAAUAAGAUAGAUCACUACUCGGAACAGCAAAAGAGGCAAACUUAUCAGGGUGCAUCACUGAGUCUGAGAGUGUCCACUAGCUGUUUGCCGGAGGCCUCUGUCUGAAAGCUACCUAGUUAUUAUCAAUUUCUGUUCAUCUGUAUGCUGUUCAAAGUGGCUUCUAAUCAGUGAGUCUGUGGUCUGUCGUAUAGCCUGGAUUUUCCAUUGAAAAUAAUGGUCCAAGUUGAGCUUAGGAAGUAGUCCAAGAAUUCUUCCCAGAAAUUUACUGAAUUAUAAAAUUGUAAACUAUUUUCUGAAUGAAACAUGCCAUCUAAUUUAAUUAUUCUAUUUGUGUAAUAAAGUCUCACUUUUUAAAGUUUAUUGUAUUUCAUAAUGUGUUGAAUAAUGGUAUAAAUUAUGUUGAAGGGUUCUUCCUUUCUUAAUUUGAGGAACUUCUGAUUUUGAAAACUGAUUAUGUUUAAAUAUUAAAGUCAUGAAACUUCAUUUACUGUCUUAUAUUUUUGCUUCGGAAAUUUGUUCAGUUUUCUGUUAAAUAUUGUAAAUGCCUCAUUGUAUAAAUUGUGUUUGUCUGUGGAAUGUUUGCAAUUGCUUGUAUCAUUAAUUUUUUUAAAAAAAAAUGUGGUUGUAAUGUAGGAGGAAAAAUGGUGCCAUUUUUGGAAAGAACAACAGCUGGAUGAAAUUACUACACUUUUUAAAAGAUGUAUUUCACAGUUGUGUGCACAUUUCAUUUUGGUUGCUACACCUUUCAUAUUGUGGUAUCAAGUCAUUUCAUUUUAUGUGUUGUAUUCAAUCAGCAAUUUUUGGAGACCGAAACUGUCCACCAAGUUGAUGUGCCAUGUCUAACACACCAAUCGACAGCUGCAUUCAGUAUGCAUAAACCAUCUGAAGUAAACUUAUUUCUGUUUGUUGUUUUUUAUUUUAUCAGUCCUGUGAAUAUUACUGUUAUAUGAAGGACAUCUUUCAUGACAGUUUUAGUGGUUGUGACUAUGAAAAUAUGCUGUGUCCAUCAUUAUCCUGAUAAUAAUCAUACAUUUAUGUUUUUAUCAUUUUUCCUGUUGCAGUGUUACAUUUUAUACAGUUUUGUAUUUGCUGUAAUAAAAGUAAUGUGUUUUGUAAGAUUCUUUAAAAAAAGGUACAUGUUAUCUGCCUUCUUCUUUUGACAACCCUAAUGAACAUUCAAGUAGUUGGAUCAAACAGGUAAUGCCAUAUUAAAAUAUUUUCAUGAUUUAUAUUGUAAUUCUGAAAUAUGUUAGCAACACUUCCAUGUAUCAGACUGAGUGCAUUCAAAACUGGUCAUUAAAGACUGUGACACACUA